AUGAGCUCGACAGACGUUCGCGACGUUCUCAACCUGCCAGACGGCAUGGCUGGGUCACGUCCAGCCAAAAAGCAGAAACUCUCGGCCGCGCGACCCAACCUCAAGGGCCUGGCGCGAGAAGUGCACAACCUCGGCGGCGACAACCCGAUCGCCAUUGUCCCCGAAGUCACCCAGUUCAAGAAGAGACGGCUCGCAAACCGCAAACCGGCCGCGCGAUGGGAGCUACGGGGCUUUCGUAACUCGGCGCGAGACGAUGCGAGCCUGGUACUACGACAUUGGCGGCGGAAGGACGCAAAGCAGGACCCCGACGCGAAUACACCGGCGGCAAUGGAAGAUCAGGGCGCGGCUUCUGCGACGGAGAUACCUGCCGAUGGGGUUGAAGACUCGGCAUUUGCCAAAUACAAUGUGCGCGUGUCCGUCCCGCAGUACACCGACGAUCAAUACACACAACACCUACAAAACGAAGAAUGGACUCGUGAAGAGACCGACUACCUGAUAGAGCUAGCCCGCGACCUUGAUCUGCGGUGGCCAAUUAUCUGGGAUCGGUACGAAUGGAAUCCACCAGCGACCAACGGUGAGGCAGAUGUGGACGGCGACGAGAGUAAAGCGGUUGUGCAUACAGCACGCGCUCGCGCGCUCGAAGACCUGAAGGCGCGAUAUUACGAAGUGGCAGCCAAGAUAAUGGCUGUCAACAAGCCGGUGCAGUACAUGACGCAGCCAGAGUUUGCUCUGCACGAACUCAUGACGCACUACAAUCCCCAACAUGAAAAGGCGCGCAGAGAAUUCGCAGUCAACUCGCUCUCGCGCUCACGGGAGGAAGCCCGCGAGGAGGAAUCCUUAUUGAUGGAGAUCAAACGAAUCCUGGCCAGAAGCGAAAAGUUCAACGAGGAGCGCCGGGAGCUGUAUAAUAGGCUCGACUACCCGCGUGCUGAAACGGACAUUAGCACAUUUAAGUCGUCUGCUGGCCUACAGACGCUGCUGCAGAACCUCAUGAACGUGGACAAGUCGAAGAAGCGUAAAUCAAUUAUGGGCGGCGAAGGUGUCAGCCCGGCGCAGGGGACUCCCCAGGCCGCCGCUCAAGAGUCGUCAACCGCCAAGAAGGAGGCGGGCGCCGCCGCCGCCGCCGCCGCCAACAACAACAACAACAACAACAACAACAACAACCGUGAAUCGUCAGGCCCCGUGUCGACACCCACCGCCGCGGGCAAGAAGACGCCGCAGCAGCCGCACGAGCGCCGCAAGCUCUCAGACCAAGAGGAGGCCAUUUACGGCGUCUCGCACCACGACCGCCUAGGCUCCGGCCCAACCUUCCGCACGGAGAAGAUCAACAAGCUCUUCUCGCACAAGUCCAACCAGCAGCAGAUGCGCAUCAACAACGCCCUCAACGAACUUGACGUGCCCAGCAAGUUGGCGAUGCCCACGACGGCCACGACACAGCAGUUCGAGGCGCUACUGGCCGCCGUUAACGGCCUCCUCGACGCCCGCAAGGUCUCGGACAAGCUGGACGCUGAGAUCAAGAUCGAGGAGGCCAAGAAGGCUGAGCGGGAGAAAGCACUCGCUGGGCCUAACGAAGCGGCCGCAGGCGAGCCCGCUACCGCUACCGAGGGAGAUGCAGCGGCUAAAACGCAAGAAAAGGCAGAGGGCAACGCCGCUGCUUCGGCAAGCGCCCCGGACGCUACGAAGGCCGACGAGGCCGCUCCCACGAUUGAAGAGCCUGAGACGGGCGCCGCCGCGGCGGCCACAAAGGCAGAGGAUGCGGCCCCGGCGGCCCCGGCAGGGGACAAGGCGGCGGCGACGGAGACGCCCUCGGAGAAGGAAAAGCCAUACAGGCUGGCCAGCGCAGGGCCCGCCGCGCACAAGCGAAGCGCCAGUGUGCUCAGCGCGACGAGCGACAAGAGCGCCAAGCGACAGAAGAAGUAA